CCCUGACCUACAAGACUGAGCUGAUGCCAAAGCUGAUACCCAAGAAUUAGACCUUCCUUCUUCCUGAACAUGUCAGGGAUUAAGUUUAAUAGGCUUCUGUUGUUUACUGCCAUGGGCAUCUCUUUACCACGCAUACAAACCUCAGACUUCGUCACGGACUAUGGACACAAUGAUUUACCUUCUGGUUGUAAUGUUAAUAAAAGCUGAACCAUGUAGAAGUUAUCCUCGAUGUUUAAGUGGGUGCAGCUGUAUUGAUGACCGUCAUGGAAGGUCACUCAUAUGUAUGGAAGAAAGCGCCUUCGGGGCCAUUCCCGACAACCUUCCAGACGAUUUGACCAAAAUACGGAUAGAAAAAUCUCACUUCACUGAAAUCCCCAGGGGAGCUUUUUCCAAAACACCCGCAGUGGAAAACCUGUGGCUGAACUUUAACGACAUCACAGUUAUAAACUCAAAAGGUCUGGAGGGUUUGGGGAACCUAACCGAGCUCCGUCUGCAGGGGAACAAGCUGCGAUCAGUACCAUGGACAGCGUUCGAGGACACGCCGAACCUCAAGAUCCUGGACCUGAAGCACAACCAGCUGGACGUCCUCCCGGAGCACGCCCUCAAAUUUCUACCAGGGCUCACAUAUUUAGAUUUAUCCUUCAACCAGCUCACGGUCAUAUCGAAGGAAGUCUUCCAGAAUUGGCCUCUUUACCAGAAAAUACAAAAUGCAGAGGAGCGGGACGUCACCGCGUCCAGGACGAACGUCGUCCUGGCGCUGCACGACAACGCCUGGCUUUGCGACUGCCGCCUGAAGGGCCUCGUGGAGUUCAUCGCUUCCUUGAGUCCUCCGAUCAUACUGAUGAACUCUUACCUGACCUGCUCAGGGCCGGACUUUAGGGCGGGCAAGUUCUUCCACGAGAUCGAGCUGCAGGCGUGCACAAAGCCAGUGGUCAGCACGCCGAAGGCGAACAUGAGCCUGCCUCUGGGAUCCAACCUCACCCUGCACUGCUACGCCAAGGCGAGGCCGGACCCUACUGUGUGGUGGACAUAUGGUCUGAAGAUAAUCAGAGGAUUUCAUGAGUCCCAAGAAAGAGUUUCCGAUGACACCAUCAGAUCCCAUCUGGUGAUUCCUUCUCUUAGUGCAGCAGACCGUGGGGUCUACACCUGCACUGCCGUGAACUUCAUUGGGAACUCCUCGGCGAGCGUCCUCCUGGAUGUCAUCUCUGCUGACAGCGCCUCGCCGUCUCACGUCGCAGGCUUCCCAGCUGCAUCGGGGGUUGCUGAUCAAAAUGUUUUCAUUGACAUUCGCAUCGCCAAGCAGACAGUGCGUGGCAUCUCUAUUGAGUGGUUCGCCGCCCUAGAACGGCCCUCCGAAACAUGGUUCACCAUUCACUUUGGUCAAGCUGGUGAUGACAAAAAAGAAAUGACCUACAUUGGACCUGGAAUUCACUCCUACUCCAUUUCAGAUCUGAUUCCUGCCACCAAAUACGAGAUCUGUGUGACUCUAAAGAGCCAGAUGCCACGUCCAGGCCAGUGCAUUGUGUUUGUGACAGGAACUGACAUCACAGAGAUGGAGCAAAGGGAGAAGCUAAUCCACAUAGUGGUGAUAGUUUUAGCAAUGGUGCUGGCCGUGCCGAUAGGCAUGUACGUCUGCACCACCGACACUCGAAUUCCCUGCUAUGAGGUCAUCGUAGAGUCGUGGAAGAGACGGCAGAGAGAAAGCAACUCGUCUGGGAUGGAACAGGAAAGACAUGGCACUUUUGACAGCCUGCAGGCCGCCAGUGAUGAGGAGCUGGUCAAUAAAGAUUUCAAUGAAGACAGAAAGGUGAGGAGGAGGUCUGAAGACAGAUUGCGUAAAGGCAGAGCUGAUCAGAGCAGACUUACCGCUGAACUAUAUUGAAUUAAACAUACAAGUUGACAUUAAACAUGUCAACUUGUAACCAAAAUCCCUCCCUGAAUACACAGAUGUAUAAUUUAGAUGUUUGUGAAGUUAGAAUUUUUGCAAAAGCAUUGCAAAAAAUUAUAAGAUUUUCAAAAGCAUCAGAUGUAAAAAAAAAAAAAAAGAACAAAGUCAAAUAAAUUAUAUUAAAUCAUGCUUUUAUUUAGGAAACUGAUUAAGUAUUAAGUUGAAAUCUUUUAGGGGCAGCUGCAAUAUUUCACAAUUCAAUUAUGCAAUUCUGAAAUUGUUUAGGUCAGGCUAUUCUAUUCACGGGUAAAAAUUAAAUUUUCACUAGUCUGAAUACAGCUCUGGAAA